AUAGAGUAAUAGCUGCGCGUUAGAAAAAAAAACAAACAAAACAGAGCAGAGCAGCUGAGUUUAGUUAAAUUUAAUAAACAAAAGAGAAACAGCAAGUUAUUUAUACUGUGCCACAAAUUCAACUGCGAAUUAACAACCCCCAAAGCAAUUGGUCAUAGUUGGGCGUGGAGAUUUUAAAGGAAAAAAAGAAAAAGACAGGACGAUAAGUGAAUUUGCGCAUUAAACGUGAUAAUAACAAAAGAAAACAGUUAAUUGUUAAACAAAUCGCAAAGACAAUGGUUGAGCCAAUCUUUGAUUAUCAAUUUCGUUUAAUAUUAAUCGGCGACAGCACAGUGGGCAAAAGUUCACUGCUCAAAUUCUUCACAGAUGGAAAAUUUGCCGAGCUGUCAGAUCCCACAGUGGGCGUUGAUUUUUUCGCCCGCCUGAUUGAGAUGAAAGAUGGCACACAGAUCAAACUGCAGCUGUGGGAUACGGCCGGACAGGAGCGUUUCCGUUCAAUUACAAAAUCCUAUUAUCGCAAUUCCGUUGGCGUUCUACUCGUCUAUGAUAUAUCGAAUUAUGCCAGCUUUGAGCAUAUACCACUUUGGAUGAUGGAGGCGCGUCGCCAUAUUGAGCCGCAUGUUCCGGUUUUUGCAUUGGUCGGCUGCAAAUUGGAUCUGGUCAAUGCCGGCGGACAUCGUGAGGUGUCGACGGAGGAUGGACAGGUGUUUGCCAAAUUGCAUGGUUUGCAUUUUGUUGAAACUUCCGCGCGCACCGGCGCCAAUGUGGAGGAAGCUUUCCGGAUGGUCACACAGGAGGUGUACGCCCGUAUACGGUCCGGUGAAUACAAGGCCGAGGAUGGCUGGGAUGGCAUCAAGUCCGGUUUUGCGAGGCCCAACAGUCAGGACUUUAAUCUCGUUGUCGCUGAGCCAGAGAAAUCGUCCUGCUGUUGAUUUGAUGCGGAUUUCAAAAGGGGAAUCCUCUUUUUACAUUUAGUUUAAUAUAUUUUUUAUUUUUUUUUUUUUUUACUAAUUUGCUGCUUCCUUACCAUUUGACGACAAGUCUCUUUAUAUAUAUCUCCAUAAACAGUUAGUCAAGUAAUUGUUUUGUCAA